AUGCGCUUCACAACUUCCACAUUGUCCCUUCUCCUACAGGGCGCCAUUGCUUUAAAUGUUGGCCCUGAGUAUAGUCACCCGAUAGAAAAUCUUGACGUCGAUCUUCCAUUUUCUCAGCCCGUCACAUUCGCCCACUUAGAAUGGCAAAGAUGUCUCGCAGCAUCUCACAAUAAGCCCCUCGACAUCGCCAUUCUCGGCUUCCCCUACGACACCUCAACCUCAUACCGCCCCGGCGCAAGAUUCGGCCCUCGAGGCAUCCGCGCAGGAUCGGCGCGCGAAAAGAAGGGUCGCAGCUAUAACACCGUGUGGGAGGUGGACCCAUAUGACGAGGGUCUUGAAAUUAUUGACUGUGGAGAUAUCCCCAUUACUCCAUUCGAUGCCGCGCACGCUUUCAAGCAAAUGGAACAGGGUUAUAGACAGGUUCUCUACCACCCGACCUCCGAGGGGAGCUCAUGGGAACACCCUCGGAUUGUGAGUCUGGGUGGAGAUCACUCGAUUGUCUUGCCGAUCUUGCGCUCGUUGAAACAUGUCUAUGGACCGAUCUCUGUUAUUCACUUGGAUUCGCACCUCGACACUUGGGAUCCUUAUGAGGGUUACACUGGAAUCGCGUCUAACCAGUCAGCGAUCACUCAUGGAACUUUCUUCUGGCAUGCGAGUCGGGAGGGUUGUAUUGCCAAGGGAACCAGUGUGCAUGGCGGUCUGAGGACGAAGCUUUUCAGUCCUAAGGAUUAUGAGAUCGACCAGAAUGUUGGAUUUACGAUUAUCGAAGCCCACGAGAUUGACGAUAUCGGCAUGUCGGGAAUCAUCGAUAAGGUCCGAAGUGUUGUCGGAGAUACUCCGACUUAUCUUUCCAUUGAUAUUGACGUCCUUGAUCCCAGCAUUGCCCCUGCGACCGGAACUCCCGAGUCGGGCGGCUGGACCACUCGUGAGUUGAAGCGCUUCAUUAAAGGCCUCGAGGGUGUCAACCUUGUUGGUGCCGAUGUGGUGGAAGUUAGCCCUCCUUACGACACCGUUGCUGAGACUACUUCUAUCGCUGCUGCGGAUUUGAUCGUUGAUAUUCUGGCAUCCAUGGCGAAGUUGAAGACAGGUCCUAAGGCCAAGGCCCCACCUGCAAAGGAUGAGUUGUGA